GCCGCCGCCGCCACCGGGCGAUGCCGAAACCGCCGCUGCUGCUGCGGGGGAGCCGCCCCGGGGACAGCGAGCUGGGGCGGCAGUUCCGGGACUGGUGCCUGCGCACCUAUGGGGACUCGGCCAAAACCAAGACGGUGACCCGGAGCAAGUACCAGCGCAUCGCCGAGGUGCUGCAGGGGGGAUCCGGCUCCGGCAGCGGCUCCGGCGGGGGGGAGAAAGGCAAGUUCCAGUUCUGGGUCCGGUCCAAGGGCUUCCGCCUGGGAAACGGCACCAGGGAGGCGACGAAGAUGGGUCAAGUGGUGGUUUAUGUGCCGGUGAAAACGGGAACGGGGGCAGAUGGACUGUCGGAGCCCGAGGGCAUCUCUCUGAAACGCGUGGCUGUGGUGGAAGAUUUCUUUGACAUCAUUUACUCCAUGCAUGUGGAGAGUUCGACGGAGCCGGGCAAAGCACCCAAACAUGCUGGGCAGAAGAAAACCUACCGAGCGAUUGCAGAGACCUAUGCUUUUCUCCCAAGAGAAGCUGUGACCAGGUUCCUGAUGAGCUGCACAGAGUGCCAGAAGAGGAUGCAUUUCAACUCCAACGGACUGGAGCCCAAAGAGAGCGAACCACCUUCCUCUCUGGUUUCUGGGAUCAUCGACUACAACAUGCCUCUCACCUCUACUUAUCUGAAGCAAAUGAAGCUGCGGGUGAUGAAUUCACAGGAGCAGGAUGAGACGUCGGUGAGCAGCGAGGACUUUGAUAUGAAUGACUCCACAUGGAUCUCAGCUGACCAGCACCUGAACUCCAGCCUGAGCCCCAGCCAGGACGAGAGCAUGCGCAGCCCGCAGAACCUUCACGGCCAGGAGGAUGAUGACUCCUCGUCAGAGAGCUGCAGCGGGAAUGGCUCCUCCACCUUGAACCCCUCCACCUCCAGCAGCACGCAGGGCGACAGCGCCUUCCCCGAAAUGAAUGGGAAUGGCACCGCAGCCCCCAUGGACUUCACUGCCUCCACCGACGACCAACCCAUCAACCUCUGCGACAAGCUCACACCUGCCCACGUCACCCCUUCCUACCAGUCAGACAGCUGCAGCACCGACGGGCUGCGCAGCAGGGUGAAGUACGCGGUGAAGACCACAGCAGAGUCCCCACCAUACAGCUCUGGCAGCUAUGACUCCAUCAAGACCGAGGUCAGUGGCUGCCCCGAGGACCUGACAGUUGGCAGAGCCCCCACGGCUGACGAGGAUGAUGAUGACCAUGACGACCACGAGGACAACGAUAAGAUAAAUGACUCUGAGGGGAUGGACCCGGAGCGGCUAAAGGCCUUCAAUAUGUUUGUGCGCCUUUUCGUGGACGAGAACCUGGAUCGGAUGGUUCCCAUCUCCAAGCAGCCCAAAGAGAAGAUCCAGGCCAUCAUCGAGUCCUGCAGCCGGCAGUUCCCCGAGUUCCAGGAGCGAGCUCGCAAACGCAUCCGCACGUACCUCAAGUCCUGCCGCCGCAUGAAGAAGAACGGCAUGGAGAUGACCAGGCCCACGCCACCGCACCUCACCUCGGCCAUGGCUGAGAACAUCCUGGCUGCUGCCUGCGAGAGCGAGACGCGGAAAGCAGCCAAGAGGAUGCGGCUGGAGAUCUACCAGACCUCGCAGGACGAACCGAUCGCCCUGGACAAGCAGCACUCCAGAGACUCCACAGCCAUCACCCACUCCUCCUAUUCACUGCCAGCUUCGUCCUACUCUCAAGACCCCGUCUACAUCAAUGGAAGCCUCAAUUACAGCUACCGUGGCUAUGGGUCCCUGGGAGGCAGCCUGCAGCCACCUGCGCCGCUCCAGACCGGGAACCACAGUAAUGGUCCGACUGACCUCAGCAUGAAGGGGGGGGCCUCCAGCACGGCCCAGUCCAACAGCACCAGCAGGGGGAUGCAGGCUGCCCAGCUCAGCCCCACAGAGAUCAGCGCCGUGCGGCAGCUCAUCGCCGGCUACCGGGAGUCCGCGGCAUUUCUGCUCCGCUCUGCAGAUGAACUGGAAAACCUCAUUUUACAGCAGAACUGACUCCUCGUGGCUGCGGCGCUCCUCUGUCAGGAAGACAAUUUACACCUGCUAGCAAUUGGCUCCCAGCGGUGUCCCGCUCAGGACCGCCACCGUCCUCCCGUGAAGCGGCGGCUCCGCGUAGUUGUAGAAGGUGGAACCCAACAGAGCUGUUUUCUUUUACACUCCGAGCACCUGGGACUUCAGGCACGAGGCCACGUUCCUGACCCGUACCAGAAGCCAAACGUGCGGCUUGGAAGGAUGCAGGACCUCGAGGGCAGAAGGGAGCCUGGGGAGGUUUGGGGCUGCAGAUGUAUUUAGGAUGACCUUGAUGGACCCAAAUGUUAGAAUCCCGUCCCCAGAUAAUUUCCAAGUCUUAGGUGAGCCGAAUCACAUAUUUAUUGAGAAAUGGACCCUCUUCUCCCCUUAGUAAUUUAUUUUUCUGAAAAUGGAUUCUUUUGAGUUUGUACAGAUUGCCAGUUUUGUGUUUGUCUGAUCAGAAGGAAUUUGUUCCUGUGAGAUAACACAUUCCAUAUCACAACACUACUAAUUCCCAGGCAGCUCUGCCUGUUUCUCUGGGCAGCCCCCAUCCCUCAGGGCGUGUGUUUGCCACCACCCGGCCCCAUCCGCAGCAGCAGUGGGGCUCCACGUCCUGCAGAGACUCGGACGCCCAGCAGACCUCAUGCUAGAAGGACGUCUCGCACUUGCUAAGUCAUUGCAGAUAAGAAGGAAGGAAACACCCGAGAAACACUGUCUUGCGUUCACCAUCCGCAUUCUACCUCACACUCCAUUGUGGGCUUUUUCCAGGACCCCCCCCGGCUCUGUGACUGUCAGCGCAGUGGAUGUGGAUGGUGCCCAGGAGCGCGGAGCAGCAGCGCAGUGCCCAGUGCUGCCCCACGGCUCAGUGAAGCAGCCCUGGGGCAGCAGCACAGCACCGUUAUCUCACGUGUGCAGUGCAUUUCGGCAGCAGCCCCCAGCCUGUCCCCCCCCCCCUUCCCUGCCCGCAGUCCUGGAACAAGCCCACAAUUCCCAAAGUGUGGAAUUGAUGCAGUCCGGUCACCGCUCCGCCCCCUCCCCAACGAUGCACUUCGUUUGCUCAGUGCAAUACCUACAACCAGUGCUGCUAAACCAGGGACGCGCUCGGUGCCGCGGUGCCACUCCUCCCCAGUGCUGGCGUGGCCCUCCUCGAGGGCAGGAAUUGUCCCACCAGACCGAUCCGAUAGUACAGAACCACAUCUCGUGUGCAUUAAGCAGAGAUAGGCGCUCUCUUUGGAGCCGGCUGUUUCAUUCUGCCCUUUUUUGGCCACUUUGAGCUUGAGGACGAAGGCUGCUGCACGUGCCCAUGCUGCAGGAGCCCCCAGCACCACAGGUUGUGGCAAAGGCUGGUUCCCCACCAGCAGAACCGGGCAGCACAGUGCAGCCUUCUGAACCAACCGAACGCCCAAACACUGGAAGAAAAACAACCCCCAGCCCUUAGUUUCAGUGCAGGAAAAGCCACCAACGUGAGGACAGGCUUGCCUGGCCCAGCACAGAAGGGACGAACCCUUGCACUGACUGCUCUGUUCCCCAAACCCGACACUUUCGGUAACAUUCGGAGGAAGGGGACUCGGUCCCUCAGUGCAGAUGGAGCCCACACAGCUGUGUGCCAUCGGGUGGCUCCGGGGCAGAGUGGGACCCAUCCCCAUCCCCGGCUCACGCUCCCCCCGCGCACCGCGAGCCCGCUCCGUUCGCAUCCUCCCAUCCUUGGAAUUUAUGUAAAUAUUUAUUUUUGUGUGAAUACCACGAAGUAACAAAACCUUUUACGAAAUAUGUAACCCACAGCCAUUUGUGAAAGUCUUAUUGUUAAAGAAGGAGAGGCAGAGACAAUCGCUGUCCCAGAAUUCUCUCUUUCCCAUGUGCUCACGCCUUGCUGUCCCUGCUCUGCCGCAGAGCACGCAGCUGCAGCGUCCCACCGUGCUGCAGGAGGGUGCCCAGGGGCUCACCGACACACCCACAUCCAUUCCUUUGGGUUUUAUUUACGCAGAGUUGUAGCUGUCUUGAGCAGACCGCCCUUGACUUUGUCUUAGCGUGGAUUGAAGUUUCGUAGCUCUUUUCUAAGCUGCUGCAGAACGCAGCGGAGGCCCCACGGUUGCAUAGGAAGGACACUGAGCAGCCCACCCCGCCCUAAGGAUGCUCGUAACUCAGGGCUGCACGGUACAGACGCACAGCCCCGCUGACAGCCGCAUCUGAGACAAGUGAUGAAACAAACGGGAUUGACUACAGAUUUCUGUCAGGGAUUUAUGGUGUUUUUGUUUUUGUUUUUUGUUUUUGUUUUUGUUUUUUAUUAUUUCCUUUUUUCCCAUGAGCCACAUUUUAGUCCCUUUGGCACAAGCUCUGUGCAGGUCCCACUGCCCCGUGCUGGCGCUGGGCCGCAUGCUCUGUUUAUUUAACACAAAACUCAUCGCUGAUCGAGUAAAGAGAUCUCUGUCGUCUCUCCCUUUUGGGUCACUCCCAGCUGCCCGGAGGGGCCGUUCCCAUGCAGGGUCUCUCCAUGGGAGCACUCCGGGUUGGUGGCACUCAGACCUCCCGACCCGCGGUCGGAUCAGUACCAGUCCACGUCAAAUGCUGCUUUGAACUCAGAGGGUUAAUAUACUUUUGAUUUGUAAUUUUUUGUAAGACUUUUUACAAGGUAGCAUAGUACUUCACCGGAAUACCAACUACAAUCCGUCCAUGGUCUGAUUUUUAUAUAAUUUAGUGGUGCUUUAGGAACUUUCGUUCGGUUGUUUCGGAGCUGUCCAGCUCAGUUUUUUCGCCUGUAUCUACCUAAGACCAAUGUGAACCUUUGUAUUUUUGCUCCUAAUUUUGGACUCAGUGAAAGUGUACUGUUUACAUGUACAGAACUCCCGGCCCCUGUGUGUUCCGCGCGACCGCUGUUGGGGAGGAACCGCCCCGCGCCCGCUCGUCUGCUUGACCAAGCCACAGUCACACCUCACCCACACCUCCCUGCCCUGGGGACGGCCCCAGACACCCCCACCAGCUGCUGGAGGUUUUUCCAGUGGCCGACGCAAAGAUUGGCUGUGAUUUGAAAUGGGAAUUGAUGUGAAGCUGCAGCUGAGCAGAGCUCCAAGCGGGCAGAAGGGCAGCGCUGAUGCUUCGCCAUUCCCUCCCGGCACGGGGGUGAAGCUGCCCCCCCAAAACACGAGGAGAGCCAUCGCAUCCAGAAUGGGGGGACGCCUGUGGGCAGAGCUGGAGCUCAGCGCCCAGGAUGUGGGAUGGGGUGGGAUGGCAGCGCCUUCAGAGGGGCAGUGAGAAGGCAUUCGGCACUUAAUCCAGCUCUUAAGGUGACACUUUAUUGCUUAAUCAAUGGGUUCGUUUCAAAAUGAUAUUUUUGCAGAUAGGCACCUAUGCAACUUAAUGUGGCUCUUAAGCAGAUGAGCACUUCCUCCUCAAUGAGCUCGAUAAGAGUUAUUUGUGUUAUAUACUGUGGAUUUUUCCAGUAAAUGUGGCUUAAUAUUUUAAUUCUUAGAACGUGUGUCUAUUAUAUAUGUGAUGCAACUUAAUUCUGUUCUGUUUGUGGAAUGAUUAGCACAGGCCCACUCCCUGUUCCCCUCACUUAACGAAGACCAAUGAGCUGUUAAUCGAGCUGUUAUCUCCAUGGUAUUACUGCUAAAUGCACUGAUUUCAUACGUAUGUGGAAUCCUUUUUUUUUUUUUUUCUUUGGAAUCUGUAUAUCAUAUAUAAGACUGAAUUUGCUCAAUAAACACUGUAUAACAGAAGGGCUCUCUGCUCCGCUCUCACCCCAGGGGGCUCAGCCCCAAACAGCCUCAAAUUGGGGUCUUUGGAAAAGAGAGAAAAGGACCAAACCCACUGCAGAGAGCUGUGAUGGAGGUUGUGCUGCCCAUUGGGAACAGAGCAGCACUGGCACACGCACAUAGGGAACAGCACAGACCUUAACUUCUCUGCUGGCAAAAUUCAUUUUGUGAUAUCUGGUUGGUUUUUUGUUUUUUGGGUUUUUUUUUGUUCUUUUUUGGUUUGUUUUUUUUUUGUGAAACUGUGGAGUUUUCAUCAAAGUUUGGGGAAAGCUCUCCCUCUCCUCCUGGAAAAUACUGAUUUUUCAUUAUCAGCUUUAUUCGCUGAGUACAGUAAAGCUUUGCACCCACAAAACGCCCGUCUCCAAGCACUGCAGGGUAGAACCUCCAGACCUGCACUGACCCUGGCUGCAGCAGGAGGACUUCAUGCAGCGAUUGCAAUUAACACACACACAGAGCUGAGGUUUCAUGGCACACACACAAGGCCCAGCCCAGCGUUCCCAUAACACAGCCCAGCCUUCAAUUAUUUAACAGCAUCAGAGCUCACCUAAGCAACAACCCUGCUUGGUUAUUCCAAAGACCCGGAGUGGUGUCUGCAGACCCCUACCAGGCAGGAGAGCAUCAGUUCAGCAUUAAUGGUGUGGCAGCACCCAGAGUGGAGCACAGCACUGCUGUGCUGAGCAGCAGGCACUGCAGCCAUGUGGUUCCCUCCUUGCAACCCCAACCCCAACACAUGAGCUCACCACCACACGGCACAGCCAUGCACUGAGGCCAGAACUGAGACACAACAUCACCAUUUGCAUUAUUCCUUUCCGAAGUGUUUUCUGCCUAGAAAAAAAAAAGAAUAUAGCUAUAAGUUUAUUGGAUUAAAAUGCAGCACGAUGUAACUGAUGUUGUUGUUAAGCUUUUGCAAAUGUUUCAGACCCAGGCACGGGGCAGCUCUGCUCAGGGAUGGCCCCAGUGGGGCUCAGCAGUGCCUGCACCGCUCUGAGCUUCGCAGCAUCACUUCCCUGGGGUGGGUGCACAGCCUUUGGUUAUCUGCAAGCAUACAACAAAAACGAUGUGAUGAAGCUGAGACAACAAAGCAGCUCCUUUUUCAAUCACCUGAGCCAAGCUCAGGAACGCUCCCACUUCAAAAAAAGAGGAAAGAAAAAGCAAUAUUGCCACAGAGAAACACACAGAGGGGCGAUUUCAGGAAAAAGAGCAUUGCAACCACAAACGCAGCUUUUAGAGAGUGUUUAUUGUUCCAACACAAGGGACGUACACCAGGCGGCUCAGCGCACACCGCAGGGCCCCGAGCAGCAGAGCCCACCGCGCUGCUCUCUUUGGUUCGCGCUCCUCCGCUCCGAGCCCAGGCGGUCGCCCUCUCCCUGCAGGUGUGUGAAGGAUGACCACUGCAGAGGCCAAAACUGGGGCAGCCCUCAGGGUUGCAUCUCCAUUAGAAAAAAAAAAAAAAAAGAAAAAAAAAAAAGAAAAAAAAAAGUGCACAGUCAAGGGAGGUAGGAGAGAGCUAGAAAAGGUACAAGCAGAAAAAAAGUAAUAAAAAAAUCCUAUUCCUUCUACUGUCUUCUUAAGGAACGUCUGAGUUCUGCUCCCACUGAAGCAAUUCACGUUCGGGAGUUGCUCCGGAGGAAGAGGAGCUGUUCUGCUGUCAGCCAACAGAGGUGUGAGGACAUCCACCUUCGUGCACCACCGGGAGACACGGCAACAGCAGCAGCUGCAAAAGGUCCAGGAGUGAGCACAGAGCCCUGGGCACGGCAGG